AUGGCAACACAUCAUCAACUACCAUAUGUAUAUGUUAUUGCAAAUGAACAAAAUGAUCUAACCCGAAAAAUGUCUAAAGACAUUUCUAUUAAACAUAUUAAUAUGAAUACAACAAUAAAAGAUAUUAAAUCUGAUAAUAUAGAUAAAGAGUUUGAUGAUAUAGAUAAUGAAUCUAAUAAUUUAGAUUCUGAAAUAAUUAAUAAUAUUAUGAAUUUUAUAGAUAUAGAAUUUCAUCGAGAUUGCUAUGUG